AUGUCUCUACUGGAAUCCGUCUUGGAUCCCUUUAGGAUGUUCUCGUCGUCGCCGGCGAUGGACCGGAAAGAAAAUCCGGACGCUCAUGACUUCGAGAUCGAGCUUCCCGAGUUCAAAAAGAAGGAUGUGAAGGUACAAACUUAUGAAGGGAGAGUUGUUCGUGUCAGUGCUGAAAGAAAAGAUGAUGAAGAAGAAGACGAAGAGAAAGGCUCAUGGCAUUGUCGGGUGAGAAGAUCGAAUGCCAAGGAUGAUGAGAUCGAGGCUUCGAUGCGUGGUGGUGUGCUGGUUGUCGUGGUGCAUAAAGUCGAUGAGGCGUACGUGAAGGAUAAGAAGAAUGAGAGCGGAAGGAUAGAGAUUGAGAUACCUUUGCUGUGA